AUGCGUAUGGAUAGUGUGAUUGCUAUAAAUAAUUACAGUGAAAAAAAUGUGAAUAAAAAUGGAUUUUUCGGUAAAUUAGGGUCGCGUAUAUGGAAUUUGCCCCUUUGGAGGUUUAUCGCGAUAUUAAUUUCGUUAAUUUUGACUGUUUUUGUGGUGAUUUUAUGCAAGACUUACAUAAAGUUUAUUUUAUUAUGGCUGGAAAACCAAGAUCCUUUAGUUAUAGCUGUCGUAAUAGUUGUAUUGUUUAACAUUGUAGCACUACCUAUAAGUAUCGGUUACAUUAUUCUUGUGAUAUCAUGUGGAUAUUUAUUCGGGAUAUUCAAAGGCCUACUGCUGACUGUAUUUGGUGCCAAUUUUGGGCUCUUUGUAGCCCACAACAUACUAAAAGUCGUAGGAAAUUACAAAAGCAUAUAUCGAUAUACAAACAAUGAAACAGCCCAGGCUAUUAUGAGAGUUAUAAACGGACCGCUAUGUUUUAAAAUCGUAUUUUGUUCAAGACUCACCCCUAUACCCUUUGGACUUCAAAAUACUAUAUUUGCUCUAAGCAACGUUUCUGGAAGAGUCUACCAUUUGGCAUCACUGCUGGGGUUGUUCCCAGCUCAAUUAAUAUCAGUUUAUGUAGGAACAACACUUAGAUCAAUGCAUGAUGUUUUAGAAAACAACCAAAUUUCUACAACAACUUAUUUUAUUGUGAUUAUACAGUUGUUGUUUGGUAUUUCUUUAAUCAUCUGGAUUGGUUCAAAGGCAAGAAAUGAACUACUAAAGGCGCUGUCAGAGGCUGAGGAGUCUUCCUCCAUGAACGGAAACAACUUUUCUUCCAUUGUUUAA